AUGUCUGAGUCCCCGAGGAGCGCCAUACACGCCCGCCAUGCUUACUCGGAGAGCCGAGAGGAGCUAAAGGAGGAGACGCGAGCUGUGUUCGAGUCCCCUCCGCUUCCAGGGAAGGGUGCCCGGGCGCAGAGGGAGAACAGGAAGCAGCAGCAGCAGGGAAGUGCGGAACUCCGGGUCCCAGCAGGGUGUGUGCUCCAUGCCCCCGAGAGCGACGCGCUUCCAGUUCACGGAGGAAGAAGCGCAAAGUCCGCGGAGCCGAUUCUAAGAGGAAUCUUUCAGAUCGGCAAGAAGAGCCACGACGUGAUUCUCACGGACACGCGGAUCACGUGGACGCGCAUCCAGCCCGAGAGCCCUACAGGUGAGUCCUCGGAGAAGAAGCCUGUGGAGGACUUUAUGGAGCUGAAGGACGUGUUCGCGGUGAAGGUGAAGCGUCGACGUUCGGCCGGUCAGCAGAGCGGUGGCACACUUCUUGGCAUCACUUUGUUCUACUGCAAGCGCAAAGGAGCUAAACUCAAAGACGACACCAUCCACCUGGACAACCUGAGCGUGGAUCACUGUGAAACCUGGUUCAGACAUCUCAAAGACCUCCUCAACGGUUUUAAGAAUCGUCCCAAGUCACUGAAGGUCUUUGUGAAUCCGAUAAGCCACAAAAAGGAAGCGUAUCAAAUCUACCAGGACCGGAUAGCUCCGCUGUUCAAGCUCGCUGAUAUACAGACUGAUGUCAUUGUCACUGAGAGUAAAGGCCACGCUCUGUCUGUCCUGAAGGAGUGCAGCCUGGACGAGUAUGAUGGGGUGGUGUGUGUAGGUGGAGACGGCUCUGUAGCUGAAGUUACUCAGGGUUUGUUGCUCCGAGCGCAGACGGAUGCUGAGAGGGACACACACUCUGUCUUCACGCCCGUCCCAGCACCACUUCCUCUAGGUGUGAUACCAGCAGGUUCUGCGAAUGUUGUUGCGUGCUCUGUCCACGGUGUGAAACAUCCUGUAACUGCAGCACUGCAUAUUGUCCUGGGUCACAGACAACCAGUCGACGUGUGCAGCAUGAGCUCAAUGGGUGGAUUGUUGCGGUUCGGGUUUUGCGCGAUGGUGGGUUUUGGGGGUCAAGAACAAGCUGUGGCAGAGAAACUGAACUGGAUCCCACCCACAAAAAGACAUGAACUCGCCCUCAUCACUGCACUCGCUCAGCUCAGACCUGAAGACUUUGAGUUGUCCUUUAUACCCAGCAGCACUGGAGACUCAGAUCACACCCAGAGUGAGCUGGAGGAGGACCUCAGUUACACUGAUGAUGCUGACUGGCAGGUCCGCAGGGGUCUCUAUCUCAGCAUGACCAUUAUGUCCAUCCCGUGCUUGUGCUCUGUGGCUCCUAAAGGCCUCGCUCCGUUCACCAGGCUGAACAACAACAGUAUGGCGCUCACAGCGGUAGCAAAUACUUCCAGGUCAGAGUUCAUCAAGCACCUGAAACGCUACGGCAGCCCGAACAACCCGUUCAGUUUCUCGUUCGUGGAGGUGCAGCGUGUGCAGGCGGUGAAGCUGCGGCCGUGCUCUCACCAUGAUGACAACGAGGGUGACGCCAAGCACGCUCCCAUCAUCCCCUGUGAGAGAACUCUAACUUGGAACAUUGAUGGAGAGCUGCUGGAGGUGCAGGGGGAAGUGCUCAUCCGGGUCCAUCCUAAUCUCCUCACACUGUUCGGCACAGACGUGAAGGAAGCAGAGGAGCCGCCUGUUAGCUGCAGCUGCAUUUAA